AUAGUAACAUAUACACAAACUAACGUGAACUACCGGUCAAACUGGAAACUCCGGAUAAACUAGGCACAUAUAUACUUCUAGUUCGAACACACACACACAACUAUUCGAUCGCAGAAUCAAAAUGGGUCGCAUAGUUUAUCUUCUUCUUGUAAUAAUCGCUGCAAGCCCACUAAUAUCAUCUGCAAAUCCUCAUGUUUCAUCUGGAGAACAACUCAAGAAUGAUGAUAAAGUAGUGAUAGCUCUCUACUAUGAGACCUUGUGUCCCUACUGUUCAAAUCUGAUUGUGAAUUAUCUCUACAAGUAUUUUGAAGAUGGGCUUGAUUCCAUCGCUGAUCUCAAGCUUAUUCCGUAUGGGAACGCCAAGAUCGGGCCCAACAAUACCAUUGUUUGCCAGCAUGGCACCAUGGAAUGUGUGCUCAACACCGUAGAGUCAUGUGCCAUCCAUACCUGGCCUGAUGUGAAAGAUCAUUUUCCUUUUAUCUACUGUGUUGAAAGUCUUGUGUAUGAGGGUGAUUAUGACCAAUGGGAGACAUGCUUUACAAAAUUGAAUUUGAAUCCCAAACCUGUUAUGGAUUGUUAUGGUAGCGGAUACGGGAAAAAGCUUGAACUACAAUAUGCAGCUGAAACGGAUGCCCUCGAACCUCGUCAUACAUAUGUGCCUUGGUUAGUUGUGGAUGGACAGCCCUUAUAUGAUGACUACACGGAUUUCAUAAGUUACGUGUGCAAGGCUUAUAAAGGCAGCAACGUGCCCAAAGUAUGUCAAUCAUCCCUUAGUAGCUCAACACAUAAGAAUGCUAAUGGUAUAAACAAAGUCUGCUACACAGAAAAAGCAACUAAGACAACACUUUCCAAAUUAGUAUCAGCAAUAUCAUCCUGGGUUCUGCAGGAUAAUGUGGCUGCUUCGAUCUAGGUAUGCUCCAUUCUUAUAAACUGUAUAAUAAUUAUCUUGUAUAUUCGCGUACUACAAUAAAUUGUAGCCCCCAAGACCCAAUACAUACAGUUGUGUGACUGGUUUCUUUGUUCUUUAAUGUGGGUAGGGAAGACUGCAAAAUGUUGUAUGUUACAAAACUUAUCUCUGUCACUCAAGUUGGACAAUAUAAAAUGCAUAUACUGGUGUAAAUGUUAUUUUUACGACA